AUGUCUGUCCAUUCAGAAGGUCACCGGACGGAGUGGAUGGUUAGUGCAGCAGCGCUAAAAGCACGUCCUUCUGAAAGAGUGUGUUCAUUUGCACUGCCUCGUAUGCCAGCUGAUGGAUGGCAGCCCGAUCGUACUCUGCUGGACCCUUUAAGUGUUGUAGUUAAAAAUGCCAAGCCUAGUCCAAGAAUAUGUCAGCUGGCACAACCAAAGCGGGUGAAGAUGCUGUUGACACACUGCAGCGUUGAUUCAAGCGCCCAUGUGAUCAGCGUUUCCAUCACACCCUCUUCACGCAUACUACAGCUGGCCUCUCCUAAGCAGGUCCAUGCACAGCACGCUCUCGCAAGGCCAGUUUCUUGGCCGGUUCCAGAUCGUGCUCUGAAGGCCGUAGACAGCGAGAAACUGCAGAAACUGGCUCAACCCAAGACUGGUCAGGCCCUGUUUGAGGGGUACGACUCCUACCAGGUCAGUCCUUCCGCUCGGGCCGCCACCACCGCAUCCCCCAGGCUCCUGGAGCUGUCUUCACCCUUACCACGCAAAUGUAAAGGACAAUAA